CCGAAGUUGACAUUUCCCUUUUGUUCUGGUGCCAAAGUUGACAGCUUGUGUUGGCUACGGGCGAGCUGCCUGUAGGGAGAUAUAGAUGUCGCCCCCCUGGAUUUAAUUGACAUGAUUGUUUACCAAUAGAAAUAUGAGUUGGGCUGAAGGGAAAUUUGAAUGUUCGUGAAUAUGCCCGAAAAAAUCAAUUUGGUGUAAUAAAAAGCUAGAGUAAUGGAGCAACAAAAGCAUCCUUUCAAUCCGGAUCAACGAAAUUCAGUGCUCGAAAAAGCAAACCGCCGCAGUUUGCUACGUUCGGUAGCCUUGCAGGCGUGCCAGGAACAGGAACAAAUUCCUCAAGUUCAACGACGACGCAAGUUUCUUGGCGUUCACGCCGGAAACCGGUCCGAGCAGCAAGCGCUCGCCAGGUACGCCAUUCGACCGUGUCCACCGCGUUUUCGCGGGGAAAGCAUCGGCGAUGUCAGCUACGGCGCGUUCUAUGAUACCAAUUUUCAAAAGUAUCGCAACACCUUUUACGAAUCAUCGAGUUCCGGUGAGGUUGGCGUGGAGCAAUCGGAUGGACCGGAACGCCAGAGGGUAAAAGUGCCUGCGGUAGCAACAGCGGAGAAGGAACAAGAAAAGAAGCUACAUUUCCAGGUGAAACCACAUACGAGUAUUGUAAAAAAGCUCGAGAUCUUCGAAACCGAUGACUGAAUUCGGCGGUCGAUUGUUGUCUGAUCUGGUACAAGGUAAAUUAUUGGGCAAUUAUCGCAUUUGUUUUGCUAUCGCGUUGACAACUUAUCAAACUUUAUUAUUUGAAAUCAUAAAUCGAAUGUAAAACAAAUUUCAAAUUAUCCAAAACAUAAAUUUCAGGCUAAAUUUUACCUAAAUAAAUUAUAGGAAAAGUGCCAAAAAACUAGCCGAUGAUGAUGA